GAGGUUUCAGAGCAACGUGUUGAUAACGUUUUAUCUCAGUGUUGUUUGUGUUUCGGUUGUGUUUUGUGGAAUAUGGAACACUAUAGGUCUGUUAUCCUUUUGCUCCUCCUAUGUCUGGCCGGUGUGAUACUCAAGUGUGUACAAGGAGAUGGGAAGAAGGAGAAGAAACCAGAAGAUGAAGAAGUAUUUUCUCCAACAUCAGAAUGGAAACCUUUGAAAAAGGAUCAAGCUAUACCGCGAGGCUUACAUGUUAGAGUCAACUUAGCGACUGGAGAACGGGAAGCUAAGUUACUGGACACAAAUGAGGAAGAAGAAGAGGAUAGCAAUAAAAAGCUAUCUUUGUUGCCAGAUGAAAAUGUCGAAGAGAAUGAGGAACGGUCUCAGGUUGAUAUGAGCGAACUGAAAAGAGUUAUGCAGAAAAUGAUGGAAGAAGGAAUAGGCGAAGCAGUGUCUCCUUCCCAAGAAGAAAUUGAAAAGGUCAAAUCGAAAUACCGGUCAUAUGCUGAAUUAAAGAAGGAACUUAAGAAAAUGGAAGCUGAUGUUAAAACGGAUACAGAAGUUUUACAAGAAACGCUCACAGAGUAUCAUGAUCUAGUUGAAGAUACUGGAAGAGAUGAAACAAAGAAGAAAGAGGAGGAGGAGCAAAUACUUACGUUCCUAGAGUACCUCGUCCAUCAGAUUGACAACGCCCAAGAUUUUGUUGUUAAAAUGAAUGGGUAUAAGACUGUAAUACUACCUUCACUUAACUCGACGCACAGUACUGUUCGCAACGAAGCCCUCCGAUUGCUUGCUUCUGCCGCUCAGAACAAUCCUGUCGUACAGAAGGCAUUGGUUCAAGAUGGAGCAGUUUCUAUUCUGUUAAGAAGUUUAUCUGCUGAUUCAUCCUCGAGUGUUAAAACAAGCGCUCUCUAUGCUCUUUCCUGUUUGAUCCGAGGCUUUCCGGCUGGUCAGAGAGUGUUCCUCGACAAAGGAGGGCUUUCAAUUCUUAUCAAGCAGUUCCAAUCAGAUGCCAGUGAGCAUCUUAAAAGACAGUUGAAAGCAGUUACUCUUAUCCGAGACCUGCUCGAAGAGAGCAGAGAAGCUGCUGAAGGAGAGGAGAAAUGCGAAGGCCAAAAUUGCUCUAUCGCCAAAAUCAAAGCGAUGGAAUACUUUUCAAUGUCUUUGACCCUGCGCCUUGAAGAAGAGGGCUGGUGUGAAGCCCUCCUUAAGCUUCUCAUGCGACACCCCCAAGACGAUGAGGUUGUCGAAGAAAUCACUCGUGAAAUGUUACUGCUUGCUAAGUCAUGCUCAAAAGUGUAUCGUGAACUCGCAACUGGGGCUAGUGAAACAGCUGCUUGGUUUAGAAAUCUUGACACAGCUGAUAAUUUACGAAUUCACUCUACAUUAGAAAAACUGAAGGAGAAGGCAAUAAAAGAAAAAGAUGAACUUUAGGUCAAUUGAGAAUCUUUAGACUUGGAUGUAUUAUUAUUUUUUUUGUCUGUUUCGAACCUACCAGAUGGUUCUAGCGCACUGAUUUAUUGCAAGAUUUUAUUUGGUUGUGCUAAAAUUGAUUGGCAGUAAUUAAUCGCACUCGACUGAUUGUUACUAAUUAAUAAUUGUUGUAUCAAACUAUUUAUUUUUAGACUUAUUGUAUAUUUUAAAAAUUCUUAAAACUUAGUCUUUCUUCGAUAGUCAACUAGAUUGUAUUUGAUAUUUUCAAGUUUGUAUAUUUGGUUAGAAGUUGAUAUGACAUUUGUG